AUGAGUCGCUUCUUUGGACUUGGCAGCAAGAAGGAGCCGAGACGUAGCACCGAUGAGGAUAUGAGCAAAAUGCAAUACUACACUCCUCGGGGCAGCAUUCCUGCUCCAGUUGUGGAAGAACAGGUCCGCCAAAUGCCAAUCGACCCAAACGACGACAGCACCAACGGUCCUUACCCUCACGUCUACCUAAACCAGGAACCAACUAGCACUGCACCAGAUCAGAAGAUCUUCCAACCAUUUGAGCAGAGAAACCGUCCUAGUGAUGUAAAUCUGCACGAAGUCCCUGUGAACUGUCGCAUGGACUUGAACAAAAAGUCCGCUCCUUUCGCGAAAGUCCAGAGACGCGAGGAAAGACCUCACGAGCCUCGCGACAGAGGACGCAUAGUUCAGAGUGAACUCAACACCCCCGGCCCUUUCCGAGGCGUUGUCGCUGUUGAUAGGCACACGGGUCAAUCUCAUGGUGUUGCUGGUGUGAUGUACCAUCCUCAAGGAAACAGGCUAGCUUUUCAGAGGGCACAGAUGGAGCCAUUGGAUCGUGAGGGGAGACAGUAUAUGCGUCGGUUUGCGGAUGAUGCUGCUGAUCCUCAUCGUGUGACGACUUGGCCUCCAAGGGAUGAAGAUAGUGAAGAUCUUACGACCUAUGAGAAUCGGUAUAAGCAGGUUAGGAGGACUCGGCCGCCUCAGCAGGUCAAGACUGGGAAGCAAAAGGUACAGGGGCAGUGA